AUGUCUAAUACUGAAAGACAACCGCUAUUAGAGCCCGGGAGUCAACGGAAUGACGUCCAAACUAUCUCCAAUAGAGAUAUACCCGUGUAUCCAGACAGCCUGCCAGGUCCAGCUUAUGGAAAAAGUCUCACCUGGUGGAGCUGUUAUAUAAUUGUUGUGUCUAGAGUUAUAGGGAGCGGCAUCUUCUCAACGCCUGGUUCUAUUGCUACAUCUGCUGGUAGUGUGGGACUUACGCUUUUAGUAUGGCUAUUCGGCACCAUUCUCUCAGCCUGUGGGCUGGCUGUAUCGAUGGAAUAUGGUUGCAUGCUUCCCCGAUCAGGUGGUGACAAGGUGUAUCUAGAGUACGCCUAUCGUCAUCCGAAGUUCCUCGCUUCCACACUCGUCGCAGUACAAGCCGUCGCCUUAGGAUUCACAGCGAGCAACUGCGUCAUCUUCGCCAAAUACACAUUGUUUGCGCUAAAUAGUACUCAGCCGACUGAUCUACAAUACAAGGCAUUGGCAGUCGGUCUUUUGACCGCGAUUACCAUAAUUCAUGGAUUCUUUUUGAAGACGGGAAUAUACAUUCAGAAUGCACUUGGUUGGGUCAAGAUAUUUUUGAUCGGAGCCAUGUCCUUGACAGGAAUAUGGGUGCUUCUGCUCCAUUUAUUCGGAGGAGCCAUUGAUACCUCCGCCCCUGAAGCUCCCCAAUCCACAAUAGAGUCAUGGGACAAGCUUUGGGAGGGCUCAAAUUGGAGCUGGAGCUUGUUGUCGACUGCGCUCUUCAAGGUUUAUUACUCCUAUGCCGGGUUAAGUAAUGUCAACAAUGUGCUUGGCGAAGUACAAGAUCCAAUUGGCACACUCAAGACGGUUUGCCCAGCAGCCCUGCUUACAGCCGGGGGUCUUUACUUCCUAGCCAACCUAUCUUACCUUCUAGUCAUUCCUUUGGACGAGAUCAAGAGAAGUGGAGAAUUGGUGGCCGCUUUGUUAUUUGAACGAUUAUUUGGCGAUGUGGGAAGAACAUUCUUUCCACUUGCCAUCGCCAUCUCAGCCGCGGGAAAUGUAAUGGUUGUGACCUUCGCCUUGGCACGAGUUAAUCAGGAAAUUGCUCGACAAGGAUUCCUACCAUUCCAGGGCUUCCUUUCAUCCUCUCGCCCAUUCAAUACCCCCCUAGGAGGACUGAUUGUGCACUACAUACCAUCAAUUCUAGUCAUUGCACUGCCACCACAACAAGAUAUCUAUAACUUUAUCCUCGACGUCGAAGGAUACCCUGGCAACAUUUUUGCUCUCGCUAUUACAGUCGGCCUACUGAUUCUGCGAUAUAAAGAGCCGAACACCCCACGACCAUUUAAAGCAUGGCUUCCGGCUGUUUGGUUAAAGGUGGAAGAGGAGAUGUUCAUUUCUUCUAUGCAACCUAUGCUCUUGUCGGGAUCGGAGUGGGGGUAUAAACUCGAGGAGGCCGUGGAAACACUUGAUGAUGGUACCCCAGUUACCAGGCUUGUUCGCUCUUAUUAUCCUCGUUGA